AUGGCAGCGAGCGGGGAUCUUCUUCAGGGGACGCCAGCGCAUGCUCUGCCCGGCAACGAGGAAUUCCCCGAUUUCUGUUUACACGCACAUGCACACGCACACGCCCACGGCAGCCACAUCCAGACCAACGCCGACACCAACCAACAUUACCGUCUCUCCAACUCGCACUCAACCACAUCCAACGACUCUGCCGAUAUCAGCAGUAACACGCCCACAGCAUCCUCACCUGCAUCCACACGGCCGACAAGCCCCGCCUGCACCGAGUAUUCUGCCACAGACUACGGCUCGCCCACCACAUCCCGCAUCCGCACAAACUCGGGCGGCAGCUCCCCCUCACCCAUCAGGAGCCGCCGCGACAAGAAGGAGCUGCACGCCGCCCGACUCGAGCGCGCUGGGUCGGCCACUGGCACUCUACCCCUUGCCAUCAGCAGACAGGAGACACAGGCAGCCGGGGCCUCCAAAAAGCAGCGCUUCCGCUCCUCCACCUCCUCGAAUCCCGCCGCCGCCCUCGCCGCCAUCGAGCCGCCGCAUGACCAGGGCCUGACGAAGAUGGCCUUCGCCGAGCAGCAGAAAUGGGUGACGGUCCAGCAAAAGACCUUUACCAAGUGGCUCAACACAAAGAUUGUGGCACGGGAUCUCGAGGUCAAAGACCUCGUGGCGGACCUCAGUGAUGGUGUCAUCCUCAUUCACCUACUAGAAUGCCUAUCACAAGAAUCACUAGGCCGCUAUGCGGCGAAGCCAAAGCUGCGCGUGCAGCGCUUCGAGAACGCCAACACAGCCCUCGACUUUAUCAAGUCGAGGGGCAUCCAGAUGACCAACAUUGGUGCCGAGGACGUCGUCGACGGGAACCGCAAGAUCAUUCUCGGUCUCAUCUGGACCCUCAUUCUACGCUUCACCAUCAGCGACAUCAACGAAGAGGGCAUGACGGCAAAGGAGGGCCUGCUCCUGUGGUGCCAGCGCAAGACGGCAUGCUACGACGAGGUCGAGGUCCGUGACUUCAGCGCCAGCUGGAACGACGGCCUCGCGUUCUGCGCGCUGCUCGACAUUCACCGGCCGGAUCUCAUCGACUACGAUGCCCUCGACAAGUCGGACCACCGCGGGAACAUGCAAAUGGCGUUUGAUAUUGCUCACCAGGAGAUCGGCAUCCCCAAGCUGCUCGACGUGGAGGAUGUGUGCGACGUGGCCAAGCCGGAUGAGAGGUCCCUGAUGACGUACAUUGCCUACUGGUUUCACGCCUUUUCUCAGAUGGAGAAGGUCGAGAACGCGGGCCGAAGAGUGGAAAAGUUCUUCACCAACAUGUCGGGGGCCUGGGAGAUGCAGAGUGCGUAUGAGAGGCGCAUGGCGGCGCUGCUGAAACAGAUUCAAGGGCAGAUCGAGCAGUGGCAGCAGGCCAAGUUCGAGGGCACAUAUGUGGACGCCAAGGCGCAGGCGAUGGAGUUUACAGCGUACAAAAGGGGCCAGAAGAGGGAGUGGGUGGGUGAGAAGAGCGAACUGGCAACUUUGCUCGGCAAUAUCAAGACAAAGUUGGGCACAUACCGGCUUCGGCCAUACGACCCGCCAGUGGAGCUGUCGCUGGACACGAUGGAGCGGGAGUGGGCCAACCUGUCCAAGACGGAGAUGACGAGGGCGCAGCUCAUCAACGAGACAAUCCGAGACAUCAAGAACGCGCUGCGAAAGUCAUUCGCUGACAAGGCCAAUGACUUUGCCAUGGCGCUCAACACGAUGCAGCUCGCCAUCUCAGGUUUGGACGGCGACGUCGAGGACCAACUGCAUCACGUUCGCAAGCUCAGCGAGAACCUGUCUCCCAUGGACCGCUACCUCGACACCAUUGCCGCGGUGGAUGCCAAAUGCCAAGAAGCCAACAUUGAGGAGAACGACUUUACGACAUACGCCUACGACGAGCUCGCGUACGAGCUCGGCCUCGUCAAGUCCUCCGUGCAGAAGAAGCUGUCCUUCCUGGAGAACCAGAUGGUCGCUCGUAACAUGACGAACCUGACGCCCAUUCAGCUGGAGGAGUUUGAGUCUGUGUUCCGCCACUUUGACCGCGACGACUCGAAUGCACUGCAAGAGCUCGAGUUCUCCGCCGCCCUCGCCUCGCUCGGCCUCGUCUUCUCCGAGGACGAGAUGCACGAGUACUUCCUCGAUACGUCGCACGGCCGCGACCGCGUUACCUUUGAGCAGUUUAUUCGCUUCAUGGUCAACGUCACAGAGGACCAAAACACGGCCGAGCAGGUCUUCCAGUCGUUCCGCGAGGUCGCCGACGGCAAGCCCUACGUCACCGAGAUGGACCUCCGCCACUCGCUCGUCCCCGACGAAGUCAUCGACAAGCUCGUCGACCUCAUCCCCCUCCACUCGGGCCCGGACAUGCUCGACGACCGCGGCAUGCCGCAGUACGACUACAUUGCCUUCAUGGACAAGCUCAUCAGCGGCACGGCGGGCGGCAGCUGCGACGCCAGCAGCGCCGGCGGCGACUAUGAUGACGAUGAUGUGCCGUCGGGGGUGCUGAAGGAGCGUACGAACCGGGACAGCAACCUGAGGCAGGACAAGGUCAACGGCUACCACUGA